UUUCACCGGCGACGCAGACACCACUGUGGGUCUUCGGCCGGGAAAAAGCGCCAACUGCUGCUGAGCCGUGCGAACCCUAAAACACUGUAAAUGGCUCCAAGACUGGAUAUCCUGUGAAAAUAUUAAAUUUAAACCUGGAAUGACUCAUUUCGUGAGGUGCGCUGUUGUAUCUCUGUAGAGUGAAAACCCUCAAGGUACCGGGGGUAAAUAAAAAGAUGCCAGGUCUGCAGGGGGAAAAUGUUGUGGCGACAAUGGGGAGCCCUGUCAGGAGGAAUAAACUGUCUCUGAAGUUCCUCCAGAAGAAAGAAACUAAACGGGCGCUGGAUUUCUCUGAACCUCAGGCAGAUGAGACCCAAGCAGUUGAGCAAGUGGAGCCUGAGGACAGCAGCGGUGAUCAGGUGGUCCCCGAUCCUACAUUGCCAGCAUCACCUGGCUUUCUCCUCUCAUCUGAGAAGAGAGACACCUUGGUGCCAUUUGUGGGCCUGAACAACUUGGGCAACACCUGCUAUUUGAACAGCAUUUUACAGGUGCUCUACUAUUGCCCAGGGCUCAGAGAAGGCAUAAAGAAACUUUACAACCUGUCUAAAAGAAAAGACAACCCAAAGGAAGAAAUUGAUAAAAGCGAAGAGCAGUCAGAAGCCAUCGCUGAGUCUUUGCCAGCUCACAUUGAGCUCCUUGGGAGCUUCAACAGUAUGAUAACAUCAGUGGAGCAGCUGCAGUACAGCUUCCUGUUAGAUCCUAGCAGCUUUGGUGAAGGAGACCUCGCCACGCCACCUCGAAAAAUACUUCACACACUGAGGCAACUGAACCCCAUGUAUGAAGGCUUUCUUCAGCAUGAUGCCCAGGAGGUGCUGCAGUGCAUCCUGGGAUAUAUCCAAGAGGCUUGUGACACCAUCAGAAAGGAACAGGAGCUGGAGAGCGAGGAUGCUGUGCAGACAGAGGUUACUGGGAAGACGGAGAAUAAACUUGAGAACGGUGUGGAUUUGUGUUCCCGCAGUUCUGAGACAGAAUCCAAAACUUCCACAGAAGAGGACGGCCAAGUCAGUGGCAAGAGAAAGAGCGACACUGAAGUGGGAAAUGCCAAAAAGAAGCCAAAAUCAGUCAAGUCCAAGAACUCUGAUGCUGAAGACAAUAAACCUCUCACUCGCUCUAAAAGGAAGUCCUCCAGCGACAUCACGACGGACAACAGUCGAGACAGAAAUGGAGAAGAGGAGGAAGGGAAGAAGAAACUGAAUGGGGAGGAGGAAAAAGGUAGUGACGGUGAAAAGGCAUCUAAAGAGGCAGAUGGGAAAAGAAAGAAGAGGUCUAAACUGAGCUGGCUGAAGCCUUCUGGGAAACAGCCGAGUAUCUUCUCCAAGUUCCUCAGCGUGGGGAAGAUCAGCUCGGCAAAGACCCAAAACAAACCAGAACAGCAAAAUGAACCGACUGACGAGCAAAGUCCAAAUGAGAAGACCAGUAAGAAGAGAUCACCGCCAAACAUGGCUGAAAACAAGAAGGAAGUAAAACAUGAAGAGGGUCUGGACCUGGACCUGAUGGAGCACUUGUUCCAGGGCCGACUGGUUCUGAGGACUCGCUGUUUGGAAUGUGAGAGCUUCACAGAGAGAAGAGAAGACUUCCAGGACAUCAGUGUCCCAGUGCUCGAUGACGAACCCAGCAGCCCAGGCGACCUCUCUGAAAUCUCUCCUGAUCCCAAACCAGAGCUGAAGACUCUGAAAUGGGCCAUCGCCCAGUUUGCUUCGGUGGAGCGCAUCGUUGGGGAGGACAAAUACUUCUGUGAGACCUGUCAUCAUUACACGGAGGCUGAGAGAAGUCUGCUGUUUGACAAAACGCCUGAAGUGAUCACCAUUCAUCUGAAACGCUUCUCUGCCAACACUUUGGACUUGGACCCAUAUGCAGGUCUGUCAAAAGUGAACACUCCCUUGCAGACCCCUUUGACCUUGUCUCUGGAGGAGUGGUGCACCCGGCCAUCAUCUACAAAGGGUCAACACUAUCAGCUGUUUGCCGUGGUCAUGCACAGUGGCAUCACCAUCAGCAGCGGCCACUACACCGCCUACGUCCGCAUGUCCGAUCUGAAAGAUGUGAAGCUCUGGCUGCAUGACACAAAGGACACGGAGGAGGAGGAGAAGGAAAGAAAAGAGGUGAAAGAAGUAGUGCCAGACUAUGAUGAUGGAGAGGUGUCUUUCAGCCUGAACACAAGAGGACGGAGAGGUGCGAGUUUGGCUGGCAGCAAAACGAAGAAGCUGUCAGAGGGUGGGGUUGGACUCUUGGGAGGCCAGAGGAGUCUGUCAAGUUGUGACCUUGGGAGUAGCAGCAGCAAACGCACAGAAAAAGCGGCCAGCAGCGGAUCAACAGAGGGAUCCCAACGGAGGAAACCCGUCAACAGCCUCGGACAAAAAAACAAAGCAGGAGAGGUCACAUCUACGACCUCCUGUGGCGACGUGGAGGCCACAGAGCAGAAGGCUUUGAACAGCCUCCUUGAAUAUGAGGGCAAGUGGCUCCUGUUUGAUGACUCUGAGGUGCGUUUGUUUGAGGAGGAGGAUUUCCUGCGAGCCUGCUCCCCUGAGAUGUGCUCCUCAUCGACACCUUACCUUCUGUUUUACAGGAGGAUGCCUGAACCUGGAUGCUAACAUGAACACCAGAGCCGCUGUGGACUAUUUUUGACA